AUGGCUCUCAUAAUUCAAAGUGAAUAUUUUCUGCUUAGAUUAAAUGCUUUGCAAUACCUACAUGCUCGACAUGGACAUCGAUUGCGUGGUCGAGCCCCCGGCAUUGCCAAGACUCUGCAAGAGCGAUUGGAAAGUGAAAAAACAGUUGACCCCGAAGUCAGCCGGCCGGUCAACAUCGGAUUUCCCUACUUGAAACCAGCCCGAUCCGCUCAGCUAUCUGAACGUCUCGCGCAUUUGAAAGCCCAAAGAAACAAUUCCGAACUGGAGCGACUCUCGCGGGAACGGAAAUUACAAGUUGACCUAGAGUUGGUGCGGGAGGAUUGGCUAAAAACGAGCGGUCCGUUCCACAUCCAGCGUGUCGCUGAGCAUUACGGCAUAUUUGAACAUUUAUUCGGUUCAGCCUACUUUGUGCCGCGUGUUGAACUACGCAUCCAAUAUGAGGCUGGAGACCUACUGCAUCCUGUCCGUUACGGGAACAUGCUAAAGCCAAGAGAAACCCAAUCUGCACCGAUGGUGCAGUUCGAUGAUCGUUUCAGUUUUAAUGGGGAAAGUGUCGCAGAAGGGCAGAAGAGCUGGUGGUGCCUACUGCUUACCAAUCCAGACGGGCAUUUCGAGGAUAGCGAAAUGGAAUAUUGCCACUGGUUCAUUGGCAACAUUCCCAACGGAGAUGUCGCGAAGGGUGAGGUGGUGGUGCCAUACCUGCAACCAAUUCCACCCAAAGGCACCGGCUAUCAUCGCCACGUGUUCGUACUGUACAAGCAAGAGGCCAAGCUGGAUUUCGCGCCAUAUCGGCAAACGGAACCGUACGAUCUGCCGGGGCGUACAUUCAGCACGCUCGAUUUCUACCGCCAGCACCAAGACAGUAUCACACCCGCUGGGUUAGCGUUCUUCCAGGCCAACUGGGACGACAGCCUGCCCGCAUUCUAUCACGAAAAACUGCAGCUGCAGCAUCCGGUGUUCGAGUACGACUUCCCGGCGCCGUACAUCCGCGCACAGGAAUGGUUCCCGCUCCGCAAGCCGUUCAACCUGUACAUGGACAAGUACCGCGAUCCGGCCCAGGUCCGCAAAGAGUAUCUGACGCGUAAGCUCGCCAAAACGCAUCCGUUUGAUGGACCAGAGAAACCGCUGCGCUUCCCGAACGCUCACCCGGUGCGUGACGUACCGUCUUGGCUUCGCACGGAAAUUCGAAAGGACCGUCUCGGAUGGGGCAGGAUAAACGAUAUCUAGUGCAGUUGCGUCGAGGUGUAGUGUUAAACUCGCUUAAAAUAAAUCUCCGCG